GAAAACGUUUGCGUUCGUUAACGUUUUCGAAUGUAUUGUUUUGAUGAGCUCCUCACACAUGUGCUCGUGCUGUCACUUUUUUCAACGGGUGCUUUAUUUAUAACUAAAAUGAGUGUCUGUUAAUUUGAAAUUAUGUUUAUUCAAGAUAGAUUGGUACUUAAUAAUUUAUAAGUUUAUUUUCAUUCCAACAAAAACCAAAAACUCUAUUGAUUUUGAGCUCAAAGACAAUAAUUGAGAAUGGCAGCAGGUCCAACUGUAUCUAGAAAUCAAGAUGCCACGAUUUAUGUUGGAGGGUUUGAUGAGAAAGUUACUGAAGAAAUGUUAUGGGAACUUUUCCUCCAAGCUGGUCGAAUUGUUAAUGUCCACUUGCCAAAAGACAGAAUUUCUCAGGCACAUCAAGGCUAUGGUUUUGUGGAACUUUGUGAAGAGGCUGAUGCUGAUUAUGCUGUUAGAAUCAUGAACAUGAUAAAGCUAUAUGGAAAGCCUAUACGAGUAAAUAAGGCUUCAUCCCUUAAAAAAACCACGGAUAUUGGAGCAAACAUUUUCAUCGGCAAUUUAGACCCAGAAGUUGAUGAGAAACAGAUCUACGAUACUUUCUCUGCUUUUGGUGUUAUACUGCAAGUUCCUAAGAUAGCGCGCGACCCGGAGACAGGCAACUCACAGGGCUUCGGCUUUGUGAACUUUGGCAGUUUCGAGGCGUCGGACGCGGCCAUAGCUGCCAUGCAUGGUCAGUAUUUGUGCAACCGGGCGAUCAGUGUGUCCUACGCCUACCGUCGUGACGGCCAGGCCGCCGGUCAGAUGACUCGGCACGGAUCGGCCGCCGAACGGCUGCUGGCUGCUAACAAUCCCGCCACCAAGAAUUGCUUGCCGAACCAGUUUUUCGCGGACGCGCCACCGUUACCAUUGGUUGCACCACCACUUCCCCCGCCUACGCAACUGGUUGCGCCACCAGUCGACGCCACCAGUGGCCAACAAGCGGCCACUCAAGUUGCUCCAGUACCACCUCCUUGUGGUCUUGUACCUCCACCCCCUCCACCACCACCCUGUGGCGUCAUGACGAUGAAGGGACUCGAUCCACCCCCCCUGGGACCAGUUCCCCCUCCACCAAUCAGCAUUGCUCUACAGCAGGCUCUUCAGUCUACUCCCCUUUCACCUCUUCCUCCUUAUCCACCAAUGAAAACUAUGCUUCCUCCUCCUCCUCCUCCUCCACCGCAUCCUCCCAUUGCUUUCUCCCCCAUGUCGCUCCCUCCCCCUCCUCUCGCUACUCUUCACCCCCCUCAAACUCCUCCUCCUCCCCCUCCACAAUCGUCGCCAUCUUGGAACAGCUUUCAUCAACAUUUGCCGCCUCAUAUGCAGCCAGACCACGGCAGACUGGGUCAGUUGUUGCCGCGGCUUUUUGUGGGUUUGCCGCCUCAAUGUCCACUGCCAGCUCAAUAUGAACUGCCAAGUCAGCAUUUUCUGAACAGACUGCCAGGGCCCUGUCCGGGUCCGAAUCCGCUUGAACAGAGGAGCAAUAAUUUUAUGCAAGGUGACAGACCUUGUCCGCCAUUUUGGAAUGACUGCCAGGAUUCUCGCAGAAGAUGAAUUGAUUCUCGCCUCUAAAACGUGAAAAGUAGUUACUUUAUUCACAUAAUUUUAUUUUUCGUUUCGUUCCUAGUCAAUAAGGUAUUUUUUCAAAUUCCAAAUUUGAAAUAAUUAUAAUUUGUGUUCUCAUGAGAAGUUAUUGGUUUGUUAAAAUGAUGAAAUAUUAUUCUACGUAUUGAUUCAUGAAACAGUGUUUGAUAUCAAGUUAUUCACGCAAUAAUUAUAAGAUAGUAUUAUGAAGUUGGAAUCUGUCACGGUAUUUAGAUGUAAAUAUCUUCUUCUAUAUACCGUGGAAUCUGUAUCAGAUGAUCUAGGUAGCCAAUUGAAAGCGUGACAGUCUAUGGCCAAACUGUGUUUGUACAGGUUGUUCUGAAAAAGGUGCCCAUAAGUCAGGGCGUGAUUCCUCUCAUCAAAUGAAGAAAAAAGUUCUAAUUAACAUAGAUCCGAAAAUGCUUGGUUACCAAGUUAUACAGGAACUAAAGAGAUUUAAUCUGAAUUUCUGUGCCCCUGCUGAAACGAAGCCCUACCGGUAUUUGUUGGCUGUUAAUUAAGAUGUGCAAUUUAGCGUAAAAUGAACUGCUAGAUUGAAUAAAACCGUUUCCAGACCUGUAGCUACAGUAAUUUUUAAUAUAUGAGACGAAAUACGCGAAACUUGGUCCCGUAAAACAAGUUCCUUUAAGGAAUGAAGCAGAUGAACUAUUUAAUAAGCAAAUUACACAAACUAUUUUUUUACAGAACUUGUAGAAAAUUUAAUUUUGAAGAGAAAGAUGUAGAAUAAGUCUAUAG